AUGGCAGCGAUGCUUGCUCUGGACCGCGUGAAACUCCAGAAUUUCACAGCAGAUUGUUUUGGAGAUGUUUCCAUUGCUGUGAAUGGUAUUAAAUAUGAAGUGUGCUACAGUGAGCAGGAUUCGAUUGAGUCCCGUAAAAAGAUGGGGGCAGUGGUCUGUCGAGAGCUUGGCUGUGGUGAGAUGCUGCGUGUAAAAAAGGGCUCCUUUACUUCUAAUGGUUUUCUGAGUAAUGUUGAUUGUCAGGGUGAUGAACGGUCACUGUGGCAUUGUCUGGCAAUUCAUGAGAAAAAACAAUGCUGGGGAACCAAAGUUAUAUGUUCAGGCAGCUUGGAUGUGCGUUUGAGUGACGGUCUGGGUCGCUGUUCUGGACGUGUAGAGGUGAAAUGGGAAGGCUCAUGGAGGCCCAUUAGCUCUAAAAGGAACACUAUGAAUUCAGACGUGGUGUGUCAACAUCUAAACUGUGGUGCAUCCUCAAAAAUAAAUAGACAACUUUUCACUGAAGGAGAAAAGACACUGCAAUGGCUGUGGGAUGUCCAGUGUAAAAGCUCUUCAGCAAAGCUCCAUGAGUGUUUCGAGAAUACUGGCUUGACACCACUUCAAAAUGAGAAAAACAUAGAAAUCAUUUGCCAAAAGGAAGAACUGAAGUUCUUUGAAGGUGAUUCUCCGUGCGAGGGAAAAGUGCGCAUCAAGCAAUUUGAUGAUAAGGCUGUCUGGCUGCCUGCAACACCAGAAAAAGCCAAUGACACAUGCAAAGAAAUGCAGUGUGGAACUCUGCUCUCGUUUGAACCGGAGCAAAACACCACAGAUGCCAAAGUCACAUGUUCAGGGUCAAAGACAGAGGAGCCUCGAGUGGCACUUCAAAACUCGUUUGGAGAAACAUGCUGGGGAAUGGUGAAGGUCUGUGGAGAUGGCAAGUGUGGAGGGGUUUGCAGCAACAAUUGGAGAACAGAUGAAGACUCCAGAAUGAUCUGUGGGAACCUGGGCUGUGGAAAUCCAAUUCAAGCCAAUUUACCACUUCAGAUAAAUAAUCUACCUGCCACUUACAGUAGUGUGUACUGCUCAGAAAAUGUACAAAAUAUGACCAUGUGCAAUUUUAUUCCCAACAAAAACCCCACCUGCAAACGCCUAGCCCACGUGAUAUGCACAGACAGCAUCAAAGCUAGACUGGAGGAUCCAAGAGACAAAUGCGCUGGAAAAGCAUCACUGUUUUACGCUGGGAAGUGGACACCUAUCUGUAAAGACAGUCUUGAUACAAAUCUUAAAAAUUUGAUCUGCAAGGAACUAUGUUGUGGCGAGAGCAUAAAUGACCAACAUGAUUGGAUUUCACUAGAAGAAUCUAAAUCUAGAGGACUAUCAGGAAUUAAAUGUCUGGAUAAUGCCAACUCUGUUUCCGAAUGUGACCUCAAAGAGGUUUCAGAGAAAGAAUGUAUUGAUGGCUAUCUGAAAUGCUCAGCAUGGAAACGAUUGCUCCUCUAUAAUAAGGAAGGAGAAUGCAGUGGUCCAGUAUAUUGUCUGCAAGAUAAAAAAACCACUCAAGUCAGCAUAAGUGGAUGGGGCAACGAGACAAGACAAAAGCUGUGCGAGUAUCUACAGUGUGGAAACAUAUCACACAUCCCUAAAGACAAUAACACAAACACAAACGAGUGGUGGAACAAGACCUAUAAUUCCUCAGGGAAGGAGAAUAUUUGGAAAUGUGAGAGCAAAGAUCAGCCCGUCCAGAAUCAACAGCAGUUAAACAUCAAGUGUGACCUUAAACCUCCAAAAAUGAUGCUCUCAAAAAACUGCACAGGCGAGGUGCUCAUAGAUGAAGAGCAUGUUUGUGCAUCCCGGUGGGAUGAUGGGAUGUCCAACAAGUUAUGUGACAGCCUCAAUUGUGGUAAGGCACUCUACAGCUGGACCACAGAGUCCAGAGAAAAAAAUACUUGGCAUUUCAGCUGCACAGGCAUAGAGACAUCGGUGUGGCAGUGUGGCUCUAGAAAAGACAGCUGUGAGAACAUCCUCUCUGUGGCCUGCAAAGAUAGUGUUGAAUUCAGCUCCACUGAGAAGUGUGGUGGGAAGCUUGUGAUCAAGUAUCAAGGGCGAUGGGAAUAUGUCUGUGGAAAACUGACUCUGAAUGAUAACAAGAAGUUUUGUGAUGUGCUUAAGUGCAAUGAUAGCCGAGAAUUGCUGGAUGAACAGAACAUAGCAAAAGAAAUGAUGGUCAAAAUUGAUUGCCCAGAAACCCAUUACAACAUUUUUCAGUGCAUGCACCAUCUCAAUAACAAUAAAUGCAGUCAUGGACCUGCUGAAAUCAAAUGUGAAGGUUAUACUCCAAAAGGAGGUAAUUCUUCAGUGGGUCUGAUAUUGGGACUGUUAGGAGCUGUGCUGGGGUUGCUGAUGUUGUUUUUAAUGUGGAGAAAUCGGAAACGUCUACUUUUAGCCUUAAGAUAUUACAGAAGUAAAAAGGGCAAAGACGUCAACCCGGAUGUGAAUGAAAUGGAUAAGAUGGAUACAGAGGACAGAGGAAAGACAUCGUUUUUAAAUAAUGAUGACUACGAGGAUGUGGAUUCUCUCAUGGACAAGUCAGGAGAGGAGGAUGAAGAUGACAGAAAGAGGGAUUCUUCUGGGACAGAAUAUGAUGACAUUGAGGGACAAGCCAAUGGAAUCUCUCCUUCUCAAACCCACCAUGAUGAAGACCUCGACAUCCCUCUCCUUCCCAAGAGACCCGAGAACAUUCUUGAUCAGGACACCUAUGAAGUGGAGACAGAGAAACAGGAGGACUAUGAUGAUGUCAUACCUGUCGAGGCUACAGCCAAUGAAAAUGCAGGGAUGACAGGCACACAAGCUCAUGUAGAUGUAGACGUGGAUGAAGGUGCAGAUUCAGAUUUAGAUGCUGGUCUAUUUGCAAAUGCUGAUGCAGAUAUGUUGACCACAGAGGUAGAAGUUCACGCUCAAGCAGAGUAA